AUGCAAGAAGAACCGCCAUGCUAUAUUCUGAGUCUUCCCAAUGAGCUACAAAAGAUGAUUUUUGAUAGAAUGCAGCCGGCAGAUAAGUAAGUAAGCUUCAUCUUUUCUUUCUCUCAAAUCUGAAACCUUUUCUAGAAUUUCCUUUGGCAAAACCUCGCAUUUUUGUCGUAAACUUUGGAGAAAUUCAAAAAGUUUGUAUGAUGGAAUUGGUUGGCAAGAAGUUGGUGACAAAGUUACGCUAACUCUAAAUAAUUCUUAUCCAUUUGUUGGAAAUCGGCAAUUUAUGGAAUUUAAUGAAUAUUCGAGGUAUUAUGUCAUGUAAGUUUUGUUUAAAAUUGAAUGAAUACACUGAAAUAUGUCAGAAUUCUGAUGUUUCAUGAUUUUCAGCACAAAAUUUCAACCAAAAACACUAAAUUUUGUCUGAAAAUCAUAAAUUUUAUGAUUUUUAGCUUAAAACCUCAAUUUUCUCUUCGAAACACUUUGCUGGCUGAAAUUUUGCGCUGAAUACGCUAAAAACCAUCAAUUUCCUCAUUUUCAGCACGAAAUUUCAGCCAAAAACGCAAAAAAAUCCCGAAAAAAAGGUUUGCACGUCAAAUAAAAUGCAAAGUACGCAAUGAGUGUGCAAACACCGCUGUCAACUACAGUAGUCUUUUUUUUUGUUUCCCGGGCUGAAAAUCGUGGAAUUGAUGCUUUUCAGCGAAAAAUUUGGCAAAUAAAGUAAAAAAUGAAUUUUUUCAGCGGUCAAAACGAUGAAAUAACCCGAACUGGAAAAAUAGAAAUCGGCGAAAAUGGUUUGGAAAUCGCAAAGAGGAAGUUUCUGAAAAAACUCGAAACCCAUCAAAACACCGUGAAAAGCAUCACAAUCUAUGGAAAAUGUCCGAUAAAUUUGCAAAACAUUCGAAAUUUUCGCAAUUUGCAAUAUUUGCAUCACUCUGGAUUCGAUGAAAGCGAAAGUUUUCAAGAAUUCUUAUCAAAAUCUGGAAAUCGCUUGAAAUGUUUAGAAAUUGGCAAUUCUUUGAGUGGAAGUUACGCGGAAUUUCAGCAAAUUUAUCGAGUUCGCGAAUAUUUGUCGAUUGGAUUUGGGCUAACUCGCGAGCAAUUUUUGAGACUGUCCGCAACAAAAAUCGAAAUGGAAAUCGGACAUUUGAAAGCUGCAGAUAUUUUUGAAUUUAUUCGAAGUUGGCAAAAUGGAACAAGAAGACUGCAGAGUUGCAAAUGGAAAUCUUGUAAAUAUUUUGAUGCUCAAACAUUUUUCGGUUUCUUCAAUGCUCCAUUGAUAAAUUCUGAUUAGUAAGUUAGCACAAAUCAUUUUUUUUUAAAUUUGAUUUGUUUUCAGCAAACAAAUUAGCAUCCGAGGAAUUGAUUCAAGAGCAGCAAUGAUUACUUAUAAGAAGUAUGAAGAUUUGUUGUUUGAAGUGAUUGAAGAUCCGAAUUUUGAAGAUUUUUUUGAAAUUUAA